AGUUGAAAGAUGUUGCAAAUGAUUUUUUGUCAAAAAAAUCCAUUGAAGAUAUUAGGGAGAAAAUAUUACUUGAAGCCUAUAAAAAACUUAAUUCAGCAAAAAUACUUAAAAAUCAAAAACAUCAUGAAGCAGGAAAACGUGUAAUUGACGCUUUGCUGAGAUCCAAAGAGAUUAAUAUUGAAGAAUUUAGAGAAUUAUUUGCGAAUGAAGAAGAAUACGGUGAAGCCUUAGAAGCUAACGUUUAG